UGACCUUGCCCUUGGUGUCCUGUGUGAAAGAGCUCCCUGUGAUAGGUCACAUUCUGGAAAAAAGUUUGACCAAUCAAAUUACAUUUCCUUUAGUUCUCUUUCAAGCGUUGUAGAUCUAUGGUCUGAGUAUUGCAGCCAAGGAGGAUCCUGUGAGCUGUGAUUUUGGACUUGUGCAAGCGGAUUUCCGUCGUUUAGAAAGAAUCGAAGGAAGGCUGGGUCAAGAGUACUCCCAAAGACCCCUUGGAAUUGAAGAUGCCUUACCCCUCCCACCCAUUUGACCAAAACUCUAUUGGGAUGGACACUCCUGAUGGUUCAAAGGCAUUCAAGAGAGACACUGCAAACAGAGUGUUUGUGAAUAGAAGUCUUAGUCUGGAUAAGAUCAAAUUCUUUGGCUUUGAUAUGGACUAUACUCUAGCAGUGUACAAAUCUCCUGUGUAUGAAAAGAAAGCCUUUCGUUUAAUCUGUGAAAGGUUAGCUUCCAUUGGUUACCCAAAGGAUGUACUUAACUUUGAAUAUGAUGAAUCAUUCCCAGCUAGGGGUCUCUUCUUUGACUGUGAACUAGGAAAUCUGUUGAAGGUGGACACAUAUGGAAACAUUCUUGUUUGUGUGCAUGGUUUUAGGUUCUUAAGUGGUUAUGAAGUGAGGAAAGUGUACCCAAAUAAGUUUGUCCAGUCUGACUCUUCAAGAUAUUUUAUAUUGAAUACAUUAUUCCACUUGCCAGAAACACAUUUGUUGGCCUGUCUAGUGGAUUAUUUUGACAACUGUCCUGAUUUUAAAAGGACAAAUAAUGGUGUAACUAGCUCUGAUCAGUUGCUUUUGACCUACAAAAGCAUUCAUCAAGAUAUUAGAGCAGCAGUAGACUGGGUGCACUUAAAGGGCACAUUGAAGCAAAUUACUGUAGACAAUCUCGAGACUUACGUUAUUAAAGAGCCUAAACUUCCAAAAUUACUAAUUAGAAUGAGGCAAAGUAACCGCAAAACAUUUAUACUUACAAACAGUGACUUCUUAUACACAGAUAAAAUCAUGUCCUUCUUGUUGAAUGAAACUGAUGAGUCGGGAAAGACAAUCAAGAAGUGGACAUCUUAUUUUGAUUAUGUUGGUGUAGAUGCUAGAAAACCACUCUUCUUUGGAGAAGGUACAGCACUGAGAAGGGUUGACACGGAGACUGGAGCUCUUAGCAUUGGGAGAUACUCUGGUAAACUAAAGGAGGGACAAAUAUUCUCUGGAGGUUCUUCAGAUGUGUUUUGUAACCUUUUAGGUGCUGAAGGAAAGGACAUACUGUACAUUGGGGACCACAUUUUUGGUGAUAUCCUCAAAUCCAAGAAAAAGCAAGGAUGGAGAACAUACCUUGUGAUUCCAGAACUGACUCGAGAACUGGAGGUGUGGCAAUCGAGACAAGAUGUUUUCACAAAGCUUCGUGAUCUUGACAUAGCACUAGCUGAUACGUACAAGAAUUUGGACUCGGCCGCAAUUGACAAACCAGACAUCACAGAAAUAAAAACUUCCAUAAAGGAGGUAACUAACAUGAUGGAGACAUGUUACGGUCAGAUGGGCAGUCUUUUCCGUAGCGGUAACAGGCAGACCUUCUUUGCCAGCCAAGCUACACGCUAUGCUGAUUUAUAUGCAGCCUCUUGUGUGAACCUGCUGCACUAUCCCUUCAGCUAUCUCUUUAGGGCUCCACCACAACUUAUGCCACAUGAAUCCACAGUGGAGCAUACAGGAGAGCUGUUUGAACCUACGGAAAGCAGUGCCUUUGCCCCAAGGGGCUUCUCUUUUAGUGAUGACAACCCAUCAUCAUGUACUUUAGAUCUUCACAGGCAAAUCUCAAAGAACUCCACUGGAAGUGUGUGUAGGUGUGAUGAUGACGAUGAUGAUUCUACUGAGUCAGAGAGUGGUGAAAGUGCGCAGGAGCCUAGCACUCCUGUUUAUGAGGAGAAGAAUGGUGUGAGUCCUUUGGACAAGAUAUAAUGAGGAAUGAUAUCGUUAUCUUAUUUAAACGAGACUUUGAAUUUGCUCAAGAAUUUGAAGGAAAAUCAUGCAAUUAUUGUUGUUGAUAAACUUCUCUAGUUUUCACUUAAUGAAAAACACUUCACAAAGCACUGUGAAGGCCUCGAUUGAUGGCAAAGAAAGGAAAGUAUGCAAGUUUGGUUAGAGCAUCAGAUAAACCACAUUUUUGCCAAUGCCAAUUUCUCUUUUAUACCUAGUGAAAUGGAUAUGAACCCCACACAGCUUUUCAGAUUUAAAAAAUGGCAGAGUAGAUUUCCAGACCCAUUCAAUAAAUUGCACUGUUUAGCAUAUGUAUCCAAUAGGUAUUGCACAUUUUAUAUAUCUACAUAAUUAUAUUUUACACUUAGUAAGGUGGAAGAUUGUACUAUUUCAGAUAAUGUAAGUGCUUAUACUUGGAUACAUAUAUUUUCUACUUAGUAAGAUGUAAGAUUGUUCUAUUUUGAAUAACGCAAGUGCUUUUACUUGGAUAUCAAGAGUAAAAACAGAGUCUUUAAAUUAGUUCAAUGAUAUUGUUAUUAUUUAUUUGUGGGUGAUUUUAUUAUUGAAAUUGAUGAAAAUUUUUUCUGAAAUUUUAUUAUCCAGGAAAAGUCUCAUUUGUUCCUAACUGAAAUGGAAAAAGUGAAAAUAAGAUCAACAAUCCGUUGUCGCACCAUCAAUGUCAACCAUUUAAGUAAUUUUUCACUUCUAGUCAAUCGUUUUCUUGAAAAAGUCCCAGUUUAGUUUUUGCAGCCAUGUUCUUUGUUACCUGUCACUGUUAGGAUGUCUCUAUUGUGUUGACACAAAGGUACAGAAAUAAAAAAAAAAAAUUAAUCAAGGUGGUAGAAAUAUUAAAGAUAAUAAACUUCAAUCUAUGCAUAACAUCUUCUGCACACAUAAACACAACCACAAGCACAGUUGAUAAUUAUAAUUGCUUGACGAGAAAAGAAAUUAAAUAAUGUAUUUUCCAUUUUAAGGUCAUUGUAAUGAAGUAAAUGCUUUGUACAUGGAAUAGCAUGAUUUUUCAUGUGUUACAUGGCCCGAAAAAAGUAUAAAAAAUGAAGCUACUGAGAUAAAGUUUUUUACUACCAUUUCAAGAUCAGCCAAGCUUUAGAUAAGUGUGUUGCGAAUAACUUUGGUGUUAAGUUAUGUGAGUAAUCUAACAAUUUAUUUACCAUGAAAUUGUGUAAUCUGACAAUAAUGUGGGUUUCAUUUGAUUGUAUUUAGGGUUUGAUAUGUAGGAUUUUUUACCUUUUUCAUGAAUGCAGUUAAAAAAAAAUCCAGACAGUACUAUGCCUAGUGUAAGUAAUGUUAUGGUACUUCAUCAAGCAAAGCAAAGCUUAUUAUAAGUAACUUUUCUAGAAUAUCAAUUUACUUUUGUGUUUCCCAGGGAAAUACUAGGCCAACUGGAAGGAUAAUCUAUCAGUGACUCAGAAAUCACAUUGUGCCCUCUUUUUCCCAUGCAUUCCCUUUAUUAGUGAGUGAUGUUGGUUAUUGCUGGUAUAAAAGUGAUACUGCUGCGGAGAAAAUGUCUUUGAAUUAAAAAACAAGUCAAAUAAAAAAAUUAAGGAGAAAAAAAGACAGUGAUCAGUAAUCAAUAGAGUUAUGUUACUUGGUAUGUUACUUGGUAUGUUACGGAAAUUAAUAUCAAAAUUAGCCCCCUUAAGUUUAACAGUUUGGCUAAAUUACUGUAUGUUGUGGUACAAAUUAUUACUCAAAAUAUUUACAAUAUUCACAAAUUAUUAUUCACAAUAAAUUACUGGUUUAACAAGAAA